CUCUCUCCUGCCGGACUGGGUCGAGCCGCGUCUCCGCCGACCGGAGCUCAUCUCCGAACCAUCGAGGCGCAUCUUCCAGCGGGACCCGGACCUUCUGGACCCCGUUCCGGACUCUCUGGACCUCCUGGACCUCCUGGACUUUCCGGACCCCCUUCUGGACCCUCCAGACCCCGCUGGACCCUCCGGAUUCGCGGCCAGACCCGCGGAGCUCCCCGGGAACAUUUGGAUGGGUUUGGUUUUUCUUUCCUCUGGAGCGUAAAAGUCUGUCCAAGUGGGUCAGCGGAGCAGAACCGGGCCUGUCCUCGAAUCUGUCGGUGGGUGAGCGUUAGUGGGGGAGAGGAGUACGAGGAGGACGAGGAGGACGAGCAGGACGAGCAGCAGCUGGAGUUUAAUGCCCGGCCGCUGCGGGGGAAAGACGGAGAAAAGACGCAGCGCUGCGCGCGACGCACCGGCGGCUGAAGUUCAUGUCUCUGAGGUUUCUACUUCCUGUGACAUCAUCACACCAUGCCUGAGGGGUCACGGCGCGGCAGCCAGAGAUCGCCCAGCAACACAGCGGCCAAGCGUCCCUCCUCGGUCUCGUCCCUGAGUGGGAUUGUGGGUAGGAUGAUGUCAUCGGGUGACCGGGGAGCGUCGUCCUCCUCCUGCACCUCCGUCAACACCGUCUGCUCGGAUGGCGAUCGGACCGCCUCCCUGUCCUCCUCCGCCUCCUCCUUCUCCCUGCAGGACGCCUCCCACUCUUCCUCCUCCUCUUCCUCCUCUUCCUCCUCCUCGCUUCCCUACGGCGCCGUUCCAACCUACAGCGCCUCCUCGUCCUCCACGCCCAAGAGGAACGGCUCCGACAUCAGCCUGGACCUCACGCCGCUCGUGGCCUCACACGGAGGCGGGGCUCCCGGAGGAGGGGUCGGUGCUGCCGUGGUGACAGGUGGAGGCCACGCCCCCAACAGACAUGUUGCUACUCUGGCGGCGGCGGCAGCGGCAGGGGCCGCCCCCAGGCAGCUUUCAAGGCUGGAGAGGGUGGUUCUGGAGAUCGUGGAGACGGAGCAGGCGUACGUCCGGGACCUGAAGAGCAUUGUGGAGGACUACCUGGGCUGCAUCAUCGACUGUGGCGCCCUGCCGCUGAAACCGGAGCAGGUCAGCACCCUGUUCUGCAACAUCGAGGAUAUCUACGAGUUCAACAGCGACCUCCUGGAGGACCUGGAGAGGAGUCCUCACGCCGCCGACAUCGCAGCCUGCUUCGUGGAGAGGAGUGAAGCUUUUGACAUCUACACACUCUACUGCAUGAACUACCCAAACUCGGUGGCGGUACUGCGGGACUGCAUGAAGAACGAGAGCCUGGUUCGUUUCUUCCAGGAGAGACAGACGACCCUGAACCACUCGUUACCCCUGGAGACGUACCUGCUGAAGCCGGUGCAGAGGAUCCUGAAGUACCACCUGCUGCUGCAGGAACUUUCCAAGCACUUUGACAAGAGCGACUCUGGAUAUGAGGUGGUGGAGGACGCCAUCGUCACCAUGACGGCGGUGGCCUGGUACAUCAACGACAUGAAGAGGAAGCAGGAGCACGCCGUGCGGCUGCAGGAGAUCGAGUCCCUGCUGGUGAACUGGACCGGGCCGGACCUGGGCGGGUUCGGAGAGCUGGUUCUGGAGGGCUCCUUUAAGGUCCAGAGGGUGAAGAAGGAGAGGGCCUUCUUCCUGUUUGACAAGAUGUUGCUGAUCACCAAGAAGAGGCUGGAGCAGUUCGUCUACAGCACGCACAUAUUCUGCUGUAAUCUGCUGCUGGUGGAGGCGCUGAAGGAUCCGCUGUGCUUCCGGGUGUCAGACCAGACGAUCCCAAAGCAGGUGCACGUGGUGCAGACCAAGAACCAGGAGGAGAAGCGGUUGUGGGUUCACUACCUGAAGAGGCUGAUCGUGGAGAACCACCCGGCGUCGCUGCCCCAGAAGGCGCGGCAGGUAUUGGGGGACACCUUCUGUCAGACCCCUCAGUUCGACCAGGACAGCCGGAGGAAGACGCCGUCCACGCCGCGGCUGGACGACGUCCCCGGCUACCACCGAGGACGCCGGCAGUCAGGUGGGGAACCUCCAGAACUGCUGCUGUACACACCAGAGAAGUCCAGGAAGAACCUGCCGCUGCUGCUGGAGGGAACGCUGCCGUACCGACGCACCAGGAGACAGUCAGCUCCGGCCAAAGACAUCGAGGCGGUGUUCCAUCCCAAUGGUGAGAUCUGGACACAAACCCAUAAAACUGACUUCACGUGCAGGAAAACGUGAGGCGAGCCUGGAAAUAACAGAUCAACAAGCCUGAGAGGAAAAACAGAUACCUGUUCCUCUUCUUUUUGUUUGUUUUUGGUGCCAGAAGCGUCAGAGGUUCAGCAGGAAACUUUGGUGCUGAAACAUUCUACAGUUAGUUUGAGAGCUGAAAGUGUUGACUGAUGGUGUCUCUUUCUCUCUGCUGUGUUUCUCCUGUCUCCUCAUCCUCCUCUUCCUCCGGCUGGCUCUUCAUCGCUCCAAUGAUCCUCAGCUCUGAAGGUGAGACUGCCGUCUCCUCGUCUGUCAAUCACAGAUCAAUGAGAUCAAUACCUGAUCAAUACCUGACUUCUAGAAGAAAAGAUGAU